AUGAGGUUGUUCACGCAGCUGAGGAGGCCCUCCAAGGCUCGUGAGGUCUGGGCCGAGGCCUGCGGGCGGCCCGCCCUCCUCGAGCACCGGCCCAGCGCGCAGAGGCUCCACGACGCCGCGCUGUUCGCAGCGGCCGAGGAGGGGAACGUCACCACGGCGCUGCAGCUCCUGGACCAGAUGCGGCCGCGCGGCCUCGAUCGGCUUUUGCCGCAGUUUCGGGCGGCCAUGCGGGCCUGCAGCGCGGCGGGCAGCGCGGCUGGGGCCAGGGUCCUGCUGAGGGAGAUGAGGAAGCUCCAUCUCGAACCCGACGGCUCGGUUUACUCGGAUGCCCUGGCGGCCCACGUGGACCAGCCCCUCGAGAGGUUGCAGGAGCUCUGGGGAGGGUUGAGCUCGCUGGGCCUGCACACGGACGUGGGCGUGGCGGAACAGUACGCCCUGGCGAUAUCCGUAGGGUUGCGUAUGGGCAGCCCUAUCUCGGGGGGAGGCACGCGGCGUUGGACGGAGUUCGAUGCUCGGAUCUUGGUCCUCGAGAGCGUGAGGAGAGCGCUCCAGACGCACGGCGUGUACAUACCUGCCGCGCCGCCGCCCUCGCGGAGCGCUGGCGCCAGGCCCGAGGACGCGGCCAUCGGUAAGUCGCUGCGGUACUGA